AUGUCCGUCGACUCGCAGCCUCAAAUGCCUAUCGUCAUCCGCCAAUCGGAUGGAUCCAAGAUCCAUGAGAUCGCUGGUCACAAGUUCAAGGCGAUUGUUUUGACACAACCCACGUUCUGCUCAUUUUGCACCAAGUUUAUUUUUGGAGUUGGAAAGCAGGGAUACAAGUGUUUGGGCUGCGAAACGGUCGUGCACAAACGUUGUCACUCCUUCAUCUCGGCUCGCUGCACCUUUGGCCCAUCCUCCCGUGCCCCACAGCUCCCGGAGCAGCCUCUCACCCAUCGCACCCGCUCUGCGUCCGUCGACCCAUCAUCCAACAACCAUCACUUCAACAAACACUUUUACACCCGUCCGACGUUCUGUGAUCACUGCGGAAGCAUGUUGUAUGGUAUUAUGAAACAAGGGGUGCAGUGUGUGGAUUGUCAUGCAAAUGUUCAUUAUCGGUGUCAGGAGAAGGCGUUGAGGAAUUGUGGGAUACAAGUGCAAUGA